UAUUUCUACAUAUUUUUAUUAGGUAGUCGUAUUCUUAAACAUGACAAGUUUUAAAUGUGUAGUGGUAUUUUUAUUUUGUUUUACAAUAACAAAUAUAUUCAGUCAGAUAAGUGGAAAUUUCUUCCGGGAAGAUUAUAAAUUUAUAGAAGAUAAUCGCAGUUUUUAUAAGAUCCAUACUAUAAGUAGAACAUGGAAAGAAGCAAGGAAGAUGUGUGAAUUGGAAGGAGCGACUCUGUUCUAUCCUGAGGACCAAUACGAGGUUGAAUCGAUUACUAAUUACUGGAAUGAAACUCAUUCAUUUAAUGUUAUAUACAUUGGAGUUUCGGAUUUAGUGGCCAAGGAAGUCUAUGCAACUGUAGAUGGAGUUUCAGUAAAGGAUGUUUAUAAUAACUGGGCUCAAGGCGAGCCUAACAACAGCGAUGGUAACGAACACUGCUUGACCAUGGCUCUCAAUGGUAGACUCUACGAUGAUGGAUGUGACAAAAAAUACAACUUUAUAUGCAAGAAAACCCAAGCUACUAUAAAAUGGAAUGAUUACUGUAACGUACCCGAUUUAGAAUACCGAUAUAGUGAUGAAACAUCCCGCUGCUACAAGCUUCAUUCGACUCCCGCAAAUUGGACCGAAGCAGCGCUAGUGUGCGACAUCGAACAUUCGUACUUGGCUGUAAUAAAUAGCGAAGUCGAAGCACAGCAUUUAGCAAUGUUAAUUGGUGAUGCAUUCAGUACCAAUGACAUUACUCCAAAUGCGUGCAGUUCUAUCGCUUUAGGAUUUAGUAAGAAAGACAAAACGGGCUGGAAAACUGUAUUAGGUGAAUACAUAGAAACAAGCGGAUACAAACAAUGGGCUGAAAAUGAACCAGAUAAUGAAAACGAGAAUAAGGAGUGCGGUGCUAUGGACUACAAUGGCUCACUGACAAGCAUCAGCUGUGAUGCAAAAUGUUAUUUUAUCUGUGAACAUGAGAACGAGUUGCUUGGUUACGUGGAUGAUCGGUUUAGCGGUUAGAUCUUAUUGGGUAUUACUUUCAUUCCCUUAACUCAUACCCUUAUAUUUUUGUACAUUUGUUUUUGCACUAGACACAGAUUACGUUACAUAAUUCAAUAUGUAUGUUAUAUAAAAGAAAACAUA